GUCACACUUUAAUUCUGGUCAGAGUGACUUCUGUCCCCUCCCUCCUUGUUUCUCAAAUUAUUUUUUUCUGGGAGCUAGGGUCUGCUGUUUCUCGGCGAGGUCCCCAAUGGCCUCCAGAUUACAGCAGGGGAGCCCAGAUCUCAGGGUGAGCCAUCCCUAGUAACAGCCAGCAGGUAGAUUCCAGAGCCUUGUUUGCUCUGACUCAGUGGCACAGCUACACUGACAGGCACCGGAGGAGAUGGGUAUGGGCAGAACCGUGGGGGAAGGAGGCUCAUCAGACUGACCCAGUUGUCCUGGGCUCGUUCUCUGUGAAGUGCUGGCACCCUGGAGAAAUCCAUGGCGUUUCCUGAACUCCUGGACCGAGUAGGAGGCCUGGGCAGGUUCCAGGUCCUUCAAAUCGUGGCUCUGGUGACCCCCAUCCUAUGGGUCACCAGCCAGAACAUGCUGGAGAACUUCUCAGCUGCCGUGCCCCGCCACCGGUGCUGGGUGCCCCUGCUGGACAACAGCACUGCCCAGGCAAGUGUCUCUGGGGACUUUGGGCCCAGUGCCCUUCUGGCCAUCUCCAUCCCACUGGGCCCUGCUCGGCAACCCCAUCAGUGCCGUCGCUUCCGCCAACCGCAGUGGCAGCUUAUGGAGCCCAACACCACAGCCACCAACUGGAGUGACGCAGACACUGAGCCGUGUGCGGAUGGCUGGGUCUACGACCACAGUACCUUCACGUCCACAAUCGUGACCACGUGGGACCUGGUGUGUGAUUCCCAGACCCUGAGACCCAUGGCCCAGUCCAUCUACCUGGCUGGAAUCCUGGUAGGAGCUGCAGUGUGCGGCCAUGCCUCCGACAGGUUCGGGCGCAGGAGGGUGCUGACCUGGAGCUAUCUUCAGGCGGCUAUGUCCGGCACAACAGCUGCCUUCAUCCCCAUCUUCCCCCUCUACUGCCUGUUCCGCUUCCUGGUGGCCUUUGCAGUGGCAGGUGUCAUGAUGAACACAGCCAGUCUCUUGACGGAGUGGACAUCAGCCCAGGCCCGCCCCUUGAUGAUGACCUUGAAUGCCUUGGGCUUCAGCUUCGGGCACAUCCUGACAGGCUCUGUGGCCUACGGUGUGCGCAGCUGGAGGAUGCUGCAGCUGGCUGUCUCUGCCCCCUUCUUCCUCUUCUUUGUAUAUUCGUGGUGGCUUCCAGAAUCAGCACGCUGGCUCCUAACGGUGGGCAAGCUCGACCAGGGCCUGCACGAACUACAGAGGGUAGCUGCUAUGAACAGGAAGAAGGCAGAGGGAGACACACUGACCGUGGAGGUCUUGCGGUCAGCCAUGCAGGAGGAAGCGAGUGGGGACCAAACUCGUGCCAGGCUAGGCACCCUACUCCACACGCCUGGGCUGCGCCUGCGAACCUUCAUCUCCAUGCUGUGCUGGUUUGCCUUUGGUUUCACCUUCUACGGCCUGGCCCUCAACCUGCAGGCCUUAGGAAGCAAUAUCUUCCUGCUCCAAAUGCUCAUUGGGGUUGUGGACCUCCCAGUGAAGAUAGGCGGCCUGCUGCUGCUCGGACGCCUGGGCCGACGUCUCUGCCAGGCCAGCUCCCUGGUGCUGCCAGGACUCAGCAUCCUGGCCAACAUACUGGUGCCCCACGAUAUGGAGGUCCUUCGUUCGUCCCUGGCUGUGCUGGGGCUGGGGUCCCUGGGGGCUGCCUUCACCUGUGCCACCAUCUUGAGCAGUGAACUCUUCCCCACUGUGCUCAGGAUGACAGCAGUGGGCCUGGGCCAGGUAGCAGCCCGAGGGGGAGCCAUCCUAGGCCCUCUGGUGCCACUGCUCAGCGUCUACGGCUCCUGGCUGCCCCUGCUGGUGUAUGGCGUGGUGUCAGUGCUAAGUGGCCUAGCUGCUCUGCUGCUGCCUGAGACUAAGAACUUGCCACUGCCCGAUACCAUUCAAGACAUCCAGAAACAAUCAGUGAAGAAGGUGACACACAACACAGCAGGCCAGUCCAUCCUGAGGUCUACAUGGCUGUAGCCUCCUGCAGAGUCUGUGAUGGGACUGGAGGAGGGACCUCCAUGAGGAUGGGACCACGAUGACAGCAACGAGACGGAGAAGGAAAGGGCAGAGCUGGUGAUGGCGGGUGAAGGCGCUGCCUCCCAGCCGAACCAGAAGAAUUCCGUUCCUGGAACCCACAUGGUGGGAGGAAAACUGACUGCACAGAGCUGUCUUCUGACCUCCACGCGGACAAAAGUCCCUCCCAUCAAGGAUACACACAAAUAAAUUAUAUAUAUAUACAUAUAUAUAUAUGUAUAUGUAUAUAUAUAUGAGAGAGGGAAAAAACGGGUGAAUGAAAAGGAGGAAAAAGAAAGAGAAAAGGAAGAGGAAGAGAAGGAAGGAGGAAGAGGAGGAGGAGGAAGAGGGAGCAGGACAAAGGGGCAGAGGGAGGAGAAGGUUCUUCAAUCCCCUGCAAACAGCCACGGGGUGCAAAGAGCUCCAUUUCCAGGGGUCCCUUCAGAGGGCUGCCUUUUGGGGCCUCCCUCUAACAGACGGUGCAAAGGGCAGUCUGAAUGACAGAAGGCUCCCCAAACACUACUAUUACCCCGACUCCUCCUCGAGGCUGCACACCAGAGAGAGGCCAAGCCCACAGGACACAUCCUUGCUGCCCACUACUCCACCUGCCCCAGGACUCAGAAAUGACCAUCCUCUUCUUUAGCUCAGCAAGAGCAAAAGGUCUCAGCUUCUGCGUCACCAAGGCUCUUGGUCAGCUGGCCUGGCUUAUCUCCAGCCUCUCCCCACUCCAGCCACAUGCAUGUGACUGCCAGGGUCUUCUUGUUUCUCCACCUGACACUCUCCUAAGCCUUCUAGACUCACCCUGGGGCCUUCCUCCCAGGGCUCAGGGGCAGCUCACGACUCUGGUGUUAUUGUACCCGUGGUCAGAGCUACACAUCUGCCUCUUCUCACCCUCUAGCAGGUCAGUUUCCUGAGGGUCACUGGUCCUACAUCCUCACUCACACACAGAGCCUGCUGGAGGGCUCCCAUGGAGGGACUGGCUAAAGAUAAAAUCAAAUGAAUGGCAGCCUCUCCUGGGCUCCUGAGGCUCUGUAGGGGAGGAGAAAGGCCUUCUCACAUAGA